CACGAAUUAUUAAAAAAAAUAUUUCUCAGGUUUUGUAAUAAUCAUUCAUUCUUUAUGAUAUUUUUUAAAAACCUAUGUUUGCUGGCGCGAUGGCUCAUUUGAUACGUAGUAAACCAAAUAUAAUAUUUGUAUUAGGAGCUCCAGGUGCUGGCAAAGGCACUCAGUCUAAUAAAAUUGUUAAGGAAUUUGGAUUUAUUCACUUAUCAGCUGGUGAUCUUUUACGUGAAGAGCAGACCCGAGAAAAUUCGAAAUUCUCUGAGUUAAUUCAGUAUCACAUAAAAAAUGGAUCUAUUGUUCCUGUUGAAAUAACUUGCAAACUUAUCGAGAACGCAAUGUUAAGAAGUGGAAAGAAUAAUUUCUUAAUUGAUGGAUUUCCACGUAAUCAAAAUAAUUUAGAAGGCUGGCAAAAAGAAAUGGCUGAUAAAGUCAACCUGAAAUUUGUUUUAAUAUUUGAUUGUUCUGAAAAAAAUUGCAUUGACAGAUGUUUGAAAAGAGGCGCCAUGAGUGGACGAGAAGAUGAUAAUAUUGAAAGUCUCAAAAAAAGAUUCCACACAUUCGAAAAUUCCACUUUAUCUAUAAUUGAUUAUUAUCGUAAAUUCAAUAUAGUGGAGACCCUUGAUGCUAAUCAAACACCAAAUAAAGUUUUUGAAGAUGUCAAAAAAGUUUUCGCCAAAUAUAACAUAUACCCACAAUUCACUGGAAAUGGAAACGGCUCAAUCGGACAUCAUUAGAAAGAAUACUUUUUCUAACUAUUUUUUAAAUAGUUAGUGAUUUAGUAGACUUAGGUUUCUAGUUUAAUCAAUACUCCUCCUUUUUUUAUGAUUAUUGUUUUGAACAUUUUAUUUAUUUAUUAUCUUAUUUAUUGAUUAUCCAAAAAUCAACACAAUUUAUAUUACCAAAAAAAACUUAUCCAAUUAUUUACGAAUGAAUUAUUUUUGUACUUCAUUUAUAUAUAUUUAUGUUAAAUCAACAUCUAGAUAAUUGAAUUUAUAUAAAUUAUGUAACAUUUUAUGUCAUAGUUGAAAUUGAAAAUAAUGCAAUAAAAUGAGAACACUCUUU